AGUACGAACACUCACUUCCAUGCUCCAUUACCCCAUUGAUUUCCACGACGGCGUAAUCGCUCGACUCUCCUCCGCCGGAGCCAUUCUCUCUCACAACAUACGCAUAAAAGGGCGCCACCCUAGGCUGUCCCCUCAAACUUUCCUCGUCAUCACCAUCAUCACCAAAGCAAUUCAUCAAGUUCAUACCACCUUCACUCCAUCAUGAAGGCGGUUCUAGCAUCACUGCUACUCUCCUCGCUGGCGGGUCAGAGCCUUGCUCUGCCGACGCUCAGCGCGCGAAGGUUCGGACAGCAGAACCCCGCGGUGCAGGGUGAGAUUAGCGGGCUGAACUUUGCCCAACCAGGCCUCUCAGGCACCCUCUCCGGCACCGUCCCCAGCACCCUCCUCGGCGCCGCCGACCCUUGCGCCAAGCUCCGCCUCGCCGACCAAAUCGUCGCCGCGCCCCGCUCCAACCCCGCCGACCAAGCACCCCUCUUCGCAGCCAUGAAGCUCGUCAACGCCGAACAGAACUUCAACCCAGCCAACGGCGCCGGCCGGCCCGUCUUCUGUAACGACGGGAACCUCCCUGCUACCAAGCAGCUACGCGGUAUCCUCCCGCAUAUAUCCGAUGUCGACGGCCUUGUAGGUGCGGCGGCGUAUAACACCAUCGCGGACGCGACACUCGCGACGGCGUUGAAGGGAGGCAAGAACAAGUCGUGUAGAGGGCAGUCGAUCGCGGAGCAGGUCAAGCUGGCCGGAUUUACCGACUUCAAGGAUUCCGGGGUCGCGCCCCCUGCGCAGACUCAGACUCAGGACCAGACCCCACCGCCUGCCCAGACGCAGGCACCGCCCGCAAAGACUCAGACUCAGGACCAGACACCACCUGCGACUCAGACGCAAGUUGCUACACCUCCACAGGGAGACAAGGAUCUCGGUAGCUGUUCGGCUAGCGCCGCGGCACUUAUUGUGGGUGUUGGGGUUGAUAGCUCUGGCGAACGCGCCCAGGAGGUCAGGUUUGUGCCUGCGGGGUUCCAGAAGGAUGCUAUCUUUGGUGGACAGGGAUCUGCUCUCAAUGGCGCUAUCGUGGCCAACUUCCCAGCGCCGCCACCGUCACCGCCUGCAGAGCCGCCCAACAGGUCGUCGCGACCGCCGCGGGCGCCGGCACGAAAGGCGGGAAAGUCACCAACCUCAGCGCUGAGCAGUUGAAGGCGCUGGGUGCGUUGGCCGACCAAUUCAACAGCAAAAUU